GGUGGGCGGGGCGCUGUUACGGUGUGUGUGGGUCAGAGUGCUUGUGCCCGGCGUCUCUCUCUCGCGUGAAACAUGGCUCCCAGAGAGGGCGCAGAGCGGGGCUCCGUCAUGGACGGGAUCAGGGCCAUUUUAUUGGGGCCACCCGGAGCCGGCAAGGGAACCCAGGCUCCAAAAUUGGCAGAAAAAUACUGCGUUUGCCAUCUUGCCACAGGAGAUAUGCUGAGAGCCAUGGUGGCUACAGGUUCAGAGCUAGGAAAACGUUUGAAGGCCACAAUGGAUGCAGGGAAACUGGUCAGUGAUGAGAUGGUGGUAGAGCUGAUUGAGAAGAACCUGGAUACAGCGCCAUGUCAAAAGGGUUUCUUACUGGAUGGGUUUCCUCGCACUGUCAAACAAGCAGAGAUGCUCGAUGAUCUUCUGGAAAAGCGACAGGAAAAGCUGGAUUCCGUUAUUGAGUUUUGUGUGGAUGACUCACUGCUUGUGCGUAGGAUCUGUGGGAGAUUGAUACACCAGGCAAGUGGGCGGUCGUACCAUGAGGAGUUUAAUCCACCUAAAGAACAUUUGAAAGAUGAUAUAACUGGAGAACCUCUGGUGAGACGCUCUGAUGACAAUGAGACGACUUUGAAGUCACGGCUGGAGGCUUAUCACACCAUGACUGCACCAUUGGUGGAAUAUUAUCAGCGCCACGGAAUCCACACUGCAGUGGAUGCUGCACAGUCUCCAGAUGUGGUGUUUGCAAGCAUCCUGGCAGCUUUCUCCAAAGCUCGCACGCACUGAUUUCCAACCCUCCUGGAGUGUGUUGUCUGCAGGCAUGAAAUCCUAUGCACAAGAGUAGGGCAGUGCAUGAUAACUGAUGACUGAGUUGACUCGCCGAUUCCUCUGCUGCUGUGUGGUGCUCCUCCAUUGUAGUAAAAUGUUAUUGCAUUCGUCAUCUGACAGUCUUACAAUUUUAGCUGUAGAAGCUACAGCGUGUCUUACCUCAUUGUUGAGGUGUGUAUGUGACGAAACCAUUACACAUAAACCAUGUCUUCCUUGUUAUCCCUCAGGUACAAACAGCUGACCUAGGUCCGGUGGAAAGACUGUGACAAUAGAUAUGAAUGGUUUAAAUGAGCCCAUAAUAUAUACACUCUGGGAACCUCCAUGUUAUCACCUGUUAAGGAUCAUGGACUGAAUAUUCAUUAACCCUAGAAACAUUUUGUCAAAGCUGUGGUUGUUGGUGUUUGCAGAGGCACUAGCAAUAGGCUAUCUCUAUUUAGGUACCAAAACCAGUAUAAAAUAAACUGCAAAUAUGUAAUAAGGUGACACCUUAUAAGCUACGAAUCCUGACGGGACUCUUUCAUACGUUCUGAUAAAAACUUGAUCAUUUGUCUAUUGCUUACUUCCAAAUCUAAACACUGUGCCUUAUGUGAUUACCAAAGCAAUAAACAGUGUGCGAAAGUGA